GACAAUCGCCAGUGUGUCGCCAUGUCGAACAGAACGCUGUUAACUCUGUGCUGCCUGCUGGCGCUGUCACUGCCCACGUUAGCCGAUUACGACUGGUGGCGCUCAGCGCAGUUCUAUCAGAUCUAUCCGCGAUCCUUCAAGGACAGCGAUGGCGAUGGCAUCGGCGACCUCGUGGGUAUUACACAACAGCUGAGCUACCUGAAGGAGAUUGGCGUGACAGCCACUUGGCUGUCGCCGAUCUUCACGUCGCCGAUGGCAGACUUUGGCUACGACGUGGCUGACUUCUACAACAUCGACCCGAUGUUCGGCACUAUGGAGGACUUUGACAAUUUGUUGGCGCGCGCAAAUCAGCUGAACCUCAAAAUCAUAUUGGACUUUGUGCCCAACCAUUCAUCCGAUGAGUGCGAUUGGUUUGUGCGCUCUGCCGCCGGUGAGGAGGAGUACAAGGACUUCUAUGUGUGGCACACCGGCAAGGUGGUCAACGGCAUCAGGCAGCCGCCCACUAACUGGAUAAGUGUGUUCCGCGGCUCGCAGUGGACCUGGCACGAGGGUCGUCAGGCUUACUAUCUGCAUCAGUUCCUGGCUAAGCAGCCGGAUCUCAAUUACCGUAAUCCCAAGGUUGUCGAGGCCAUGAAGGAUGUGCUCCGAUUCUGGCUGCGCAAGGGCGUCUACGGCUUCCGCAUCGAUGCCGUGCCCCAUGUCUUCGAGGCAGCGGCCGAUAAGAAUGGCGACUUCUUGGAUGAGCCGCGCAAUGAAUACGUCAGCGAUCCCGAAGACUACUCGUACUUGCAGCACAUUUACACCACAAAUCAGCCGGAGACCAUUGAUCUGGUCUAUCAGUUCCGUGAGGUUAUUGAGGAGAUGAACGUGGAGCUGGGCGGAGACGAUCGUGUGCUGCUGACUGAGGCAUACGCCCCGUUGGAUGUCCUGAUGCAGUAUUACGGCAACGGCACCCACAACGGCUCCCAGAUUCCGUUCAACUUUGAGCUGCUUUCGAACCUGAACAUUAACUCCGACGCCUACAAAUAUUCAGAGCUGUUGCACAACUGGCUGGACAACAUGCCCGAGGGUCAAGUGGCUAACUGGGUGCUGGGCAAUCAUGACCAGAGCCGCAUUGGCUCGCGCCUGGGCACGGAUCGCAUCGACUCCAUCAACAUGAUGCUGCUGACGCUGCCCGGCAUCAGCGUCACCUACCAGGGCGAGGAGCUGGGCAUGGAGGAUGUCUGGAUCAGCUGGGAGGAUACCGUCGAUCCGCAGGCAUGCCAGUCCAAUCCCAAUGAGUUCGAGCGCCUCACGCGUGAUCCAGUGCGCACGCCCUUCCAGUGGAACGACGAGCCGCUAGCUGGCUUCACCGACGGCCCAAAGACCUGGCUGCCCGUCGCUGACAACUACAAGCUGGUGAAUGUCAAGCGGGAGCGCGGCAUUCCGCUCAGCCAUCUGAACAUCUACAAGCAGCUCCGUGCCCUGCGCGACCUGCCCACGCUCAAAAGAGGCGAUGUCACUGUCAAUGCCGUUGGACCCAAUGUGCUGGCCAUUAAACGCUCUCUGAAGAAUGAAAAGUCGUACAUAACUGUUAUUAAUCUCAACAACGACGUUGAGCUGGUUAAUCUGGAUGCUGUGUUUGCGGAGCUCACAGCAGAGCUGAGCUAUGUUGUGGUCAGUGACAAGAGUCUGCGGCGCAAGGAUGAUCUCACCCACGCCAAUUCAGUGCUGCUGAUGCCCAAGGAGGGAAUUGUCCUUGCCACUGUCUAAAUGAAAUUCUUUUAUAUAAUCUUAACUUAACUUAGCUUAUCUUAAGUGUCAGAAGUAAGAUUAUUGAAUUAAAGCAACAAAUUUCAACAAUGUUUUUUCGGCUUAUCA